CUCGCCGGCUGUCAGUCCUCCAAUCCGAGUUAUUCCGGCCGCCACGUUAUUCUUCUCAUUUUCAUUCACAUCAUACGCCUGAAAAUGAGAACUUCCAUACACCUUAUCCUCCUUCUUCUUCUUCUUCCAUACGCCUCCUUUGCACAAUCCGAUUCCAAUCCUGCAUCCUCUCAAUACCCAUACAAAAAUCUCAACAGCUCCAUGACCAUAAUCAUCGUCAUCUUCGUCGUCAUAUUCUUCUUAAUAGCUCUCAUGUCCAUCUACAUUCGUCAUUGCUUCGAUAACAAUGAAGAAUGGUCAUCAUCAUCAAAUUCCACCCACCAACGUUCAUCCACAACCCGAUUCUGGAAACGUAAUCAAGGUCUAGAUACUUCGCUCGUUGAAUCGUUUCCAACUUUUUCAUUUUCGGAGAUUAAGGAUCGCAAGAUCGGAAACGCCGCCGCCGCUUCACUUGAAUGCGCCGUCUGUCUCAACGAACUUGACGACGGCGAAAUCCUUCGACUUCUACCCAAAUGCGGACACGUGUUCCAUCGCGAUUGUAUCGAUAAUUGGAUCGUUUCUCAUAAUACCUGUCCUGUCUGUCGGACGGAUUUAUCGAAGAAAAAUACCGCCCGGAUAGUCGACAGUACAACUGAUGUUGUUGGGGAAACAGUACUAACAACAACAACAGAUCAUAAUCAAAUUUCAAUUACUAUAAGUAAUGUUGUUGUUCAUAACAAUACAUUUCCGUCGUCGGAGAAUUUGAAACCGGAAAAGGAGAUUGUGAUCGAGAAGCUUCGUAGGUCGCGCUCGACGGGUGAGUUACCCAGUAAGGUGAAUAGCUGCGGCGUCUCUUUCUCGUCGGAGGAUGAUCGGAGCGGCGGGGAAGGGAGCAAUCAGGAGAGGUCAGGCGGCGGCGACGGCGGCGGCGGGUGGCCGUUUUUACGGAGGACAGGUUCGGCGGCAGAGAAUGGACGUUCAACGGUAUGUGACUGUAAUUUGGCCGUUAAGAUAGACGGAGAUGCCAGACCACUGACCGUUCCGGUUUAAUUUAAAAUGUGGUCCAGGUUGAUAUUUGAUACUUAUCUAAAGCUUUGACCUUGUGUGUCAAGUUUACUUUUAAAUUUUCAAAUAAAUAAGUACUAUAUCCUUUUAUUUUAAAAUUUGUGCAAUUAAUUAUUUUU